AUGACAAUAAUAGUCCCGCCGGGAGUAUCAGUAAAGCAGCCAAGUCCAAACUGCACCACCACAUGCGGCGGUGUCAACAUCACAUUCCCCUUUGGCACAAGCCCAGAUUGUUAUCUAGACCCGUCUUACCUUAUCGUCUGUAACGACACUCAUUCCAAUUCUUCCCGUCCAUUUCUGAGAACUAACAACGAUAAAAACCGCCAAGUGCUCGAAGUAAUGCCCGGUGGACAAUUGCGUGUCUCAUCAUCACCUGUCGCUAAGAUAUGCUACAACUCGAACGGAGAUCCAAUCGACAAGGACAAUUCAAGUGUGGAGCGAAAACUGCCAAACAAUUUUUAUUUCUCCAAUACGAAAAACAAAAUCAUAGGUGUCGGUUGUGAUACUUGGGCAGUAGCUUCAGGCGACAAUGAUGUAAACUAUAAGUCUGCUUGCGUAUCUCUAUGCAAUACUCCUCAGGAUGUUGUCAAUGGAUCUUGUCAUGGUGUUGGGUGUUGCCAGGCUUCAAUACCCAAACGAGUGAGCUAUUAUAUGCUUGGAAUUGGCAGUUUAACUAAUCACAAGAUGGUUUCGGAAUUUGAUCCGUGCAGCUAUGUUUUUCUUGGAGAAAUUGACGCCUUCAACUUUACAUUAUCCGACAUUAGAGGACUAAGAGAUAGGAAGAGUUUCCCUGUUAUUUUGGAUUGGGCGAUUGGGAAUAGGACUUGUGAAGAAGAAAGAAGGAAUUCUUCGAGUUUCGCUUGCGUCGCGGAACAUAGUGAUUGCAUUGAUUCCACGAAUGGACCUGGCUAUUUCUGUAAUUGCUCUUCUGGGUAUCAAGGAAAUCCUUAUCUUGUUGAUGGUUGUCAAGAUAUUGAUGAAUGCAGUUCUGCUUCAAAUCCCUGUAAUUCGAGCGCAAUAUGCGUCAAUUCAGGGGGGACUUUCUCUUGUUCUUGUUUGAAAGGAUUUGUAGAAGAUGGUUUGAGAAACGGAACAGGCUGCAAACCAAAGGAUCAGUCUAAUGGAUCUACCUUGCUUAUCAUAGCUCUAAGUGUUACUGUUGGCCUGUUAGUCCUGGUAGUUGUAGGCUCAUGGUUAUAUUGGAUUCAAAGGAAAAGAAAGAUCAUAAUGCUUAGGGAAAAUUUCUUUCAGCAAAACGGAGGCUUGUUACUACAACAAAAACUCUCACAGCAUGAAAUGUCACCACGCCAUCAAACGACAAGGAUUUUCACUAUCGAAGAUCUCAAGAAGGCUACGAACAACUAUAGUAAAGACAGAGUUAUCGGGCAAGGAGGAUUCGGAACAGUCUACAAAGGAGUAUUGACCGAUGAAAUAGUCGUUGCCAUUAAGAAAUCUAAGAUAAGCGACGAAAGUCAAACAGAGCAAUUCGUUAAUGAAGUUAUCAUCCUCUCCCAAAUCAAUCAUAAGAACGUGGUGAAGCUUAUAGGAUGCUGUUUAGAGACAGAAGUCCCUACGUUAGUAUACGAGUUCAUCACGAAUGGAACUCUUUCGGAACGCAUUCAUGACAAUGAUUCUGCAUUCCCUUUGCUCACGUGGGAGAUGCGUUUGAAGAUAGCUGCAGAUACUGCAGAAGCACUAGGUUAUUUGCAUUCGGCUGCUUCUAUCCCUGUCAUCCAUAGGGAUAUCAAAUCCGCUAAUAUACUCUUGGAUGACAUGUAUACUGCAAAAGUUUCUGAUUUCGGAGCUUCUAAGCUUGUUCCUGCAGAUCAAACCGAAAUAGCUACUCUUGUUCAAGGCACUUUUGGUUACUUGGAUCCUGAAUAUUUCUUUUCAAACCAAUUAACAGACAAGAGCGAUGUUUAUAGCUUCGGGGUAGUCCUUGUGGAGCUGAUAACCGGCGAAAAGGCAUUAUCUUUUGAGAGACCCGAAAUGCAUAAGAACUUGGCCAUGCAUUUGGAUUGUGCGAUGAAAGAAGGGCGUCUAAUAGAGAUUUUGGAUAGUAAAAUUGUUAAUAAAGAAAGUUUGGAUCAGAUGAGGGAUGUGGCUAAGCUAGCCCAAAGAUGCUUGAGGAUGACCGGGGUCGAAAGGCCUAGCAUGAAAGAAGUGGCUAUGGUGUUGGCGGGGCUAAAGAAAACAGAGAUUCAUCCUUGGGCAGAUGAUCAGUUUAAUUCAUAUACUGAUGAUGAAACCACCGUUCUUAUAGAAGUUGAUAAUAAUGGUGAUCAAAAUUGUUAUUCUGAAAGUACUGCUUAUAAUGACUUGAGAGAUCUUAUGAAUGAACGAUUAGAUGAUGAUGUCAUUUAUAAAUGA